CCUCAAGAUUGCAGCUUCGGGUCUUUUCAGAAGGUUCCCUUAAGGUUGGGUAACCUCCCUGAUUGAGCUCCUUCGUAGCGCAGACGUCAUAAAAUCAAUUAAAGUUCCCGUUCCCCAUAAGGCGUUGCCCUGCCGCACGUUUUUUGUUUACCCGAAGAAAGUUGGGACCCCGCCAUCUUCGCCCGACUCAUCUUUGCGACGACCAAGGAUUUCACAAGUUCAUAUCGUCACUUGUAACAUAGGUACUAUCCUACUUUGCAUAUCAGGUACUAAGUACCUCGUGCAUGCUACUUCUACGCCAUUCAAUGUUGAUAUAAUUUCUACUUCGUACAACACUUCACGAAUCAUCUGUGUUCGAAAUCUACGACAAACCAAAGAUCGGCGCACUCCCUGGUAAACCAAACCGGGUACAAUACAAUAAAAAGACGCAUAAGAUCCCGAGGCGACGAGACCCUGGCUUACCACCUACCAACCAACCGCCCGCCUUGUCCUGUAGCUUGUGCAGCUCUUGGCGCAAAGUCACCCUAGAGCUUCAGCUCCCCCCCUCCACCUUUUCUAUUCUGCGGUCAUCGUCUUUUGGUCGUCUCUUAUUCUCCGUCCAAUCCGCUUCACCUCUUUCUUACCUACACAACCAAUUGUCUGCCUACUGGUCGCAAACCUGCUACGUCGUCGCGCCUAAUUCUUUCUUCCCUCAACACCGUCAACCUAGCUAUCAAAGAACGAGAGAAGGAAGAAGCAAUCCGGCAAGAUGAUGUUCGCAAUCUUCUUCACGUUCUGGCGCUUCGUUCAGAUCGUCACACUGAUCCCGACGAUGGGCAUGCUGGCCUACUUCGUCAACGGCUACGUCCAGCUGAACCAGCUGACGCCCAACUACAUCUUAGUCCUGUUCAUCGUGUCUGUUCUCGCGCUCGCCUGGUCCGUCUACACGUUAUUCAGCUAUCACCGCUCGUCCUCGAACGCAACCUUCGUCGCGAUAAUUGACCUUCUCUUCGUCGGCGCCUUCAUCGGAGCCGUGUGGUCUCUCCGCAUGAUUGCCACGGCAGACUGCACGCACAUCACGCGCGGAGACUCGUGGGACGUGAGCUUCGGGCCUUUCGGAUCGGCUUCAGGAACAACGUGGGGUGUGGACGUGAACAAGACGUGCGCGAUGCUUAAGGCGUGUUUCGCGUUCGGGAUCAUGAACUGCAUCUUUUUCUUCAUCACCAGCAUCCUCGCCUGUCUGCACGGCGACCGCGCUAGCAGUGGUGAUCGUGUCACGUAUUACCGCGAGACUCAUAGCCACCGUCACGGCCACCGAAGUAGCCGUAGCCCGCAUAGCCGACAUAGCUCGCACUCGCACCGCCGCGUCUAUGUUUAAUGCGGUUGCUCAAUCGACCCACCGUGCAGGUGUAACGGCUAGAGUUGCGGAACAGAACUGGGGAUCCUGUAGAGGCAUUGGCGUUUAUUCACAGAAAUACAUGUCGAGUUAAAGUUGGACGUGGACUAGACUAUGUCGAUUUGUUUGUUUGGAAUGAGACAAGACGAGAUGAGAUGAAAAAACACAGCUGAUCUGAUGGAAUGUGGAAUGAGACGGAGUGACGUACUAAUUUGGUGAAGCCCUGCUCGCAUUUUGAUUCACAACGAUUACGACUUUUACGAUUGUCACGGCUUGCUUGCUUGUUUGUUUGUCACGGCCUUUUGGGCUUCACGUAUCUAAACGCUUUUUUGCCGGCUACCUGUGGUAAAUUAGCUGAUUGCUGCUGUUGAAUGGAUGUCGAUACGAUCCAUAGCUGUUUUGGUUGCAGAGAUGAUAAUGCAAAAGGAAAUUUUGGUGAAAGCUGUUCAUUGUUCAAUUACUAGUAGUUUAUAUCAUUAUGACAAAUGGUUUUUAGAAUAGGGAAAAUCAAUAGGCCUCAAGAGGGUAUUAGAUACUCUUGUUUAGAUAUUUAUACACUAGUUAUAGCGUUUGAAGCCGAUAUUGCCAUUAUAUACAUCCUUAAAAGAUUACAGUAGAUGA